GGAACUCAGUACAUCCGCGCAGGUCAUUAUUAUCAAUUCGUGAAUUUCGAACUGAGUUUGAAUUCAGUAUUGUACAUUCAUUUCAAGGCAGGAAAUUGCAGGAAGAGAAGUCUCUGGAGGAGAAUGGACCACGAAAAUGAAGCUGAGCAAUGUAAUAGAGAAACUAAUCGCGUACUCGCGACGAAUGUGAUCAAGCAAGUGCACCACGUGUCGAGGGAAAGACGAGGAGGAACCUAUGGGAAGUUCAAGGGAUUCCGUGGAUGUACAAUUUGGCUGACAGGGCUCUCCGGUGCUGGGAAGACUUCCAUUUCGUUUCAGCUCGAGAACUACCUUGUUUCUCGGGGAAUACCAGCUUAUAGCCUCGACGGUGACAACCUCCGCCAUGGUUUAAACCGGGAUCUCGGCUUCAGCAAAGAGGACCGCGAAGAAAACGUGCGAAGGGCGGCGGAGGUGGCGAAAUUGUUCUCCGACUGCGGCGUGAUCGCCAUCUGCAGCUUCGUCUCGCCGUUCGAAGCAGACAGAAGGCUGGCAAGGACGAUACACGAGGACUUCGAUCUCAAGUUCUUCGAAGUCUUCGUGCAAGCCUCCGUGGAGACCUGCGAGGCCCGAGAUGUGAAAGGUCUUUACGAGAAGGCCAGGAAGGGGAUCAUCAAGAGCUUCACCGGCAUCGGGCAGAAUUACGAAACGCCUAAAGAUCCCGACCUCGUUGUGAAUACGGAGGUUCAUGACUUGGAGGCCUCGACGAAGAUGCUGAUCGACUUCUUGAGAGUGCAGAAAGUCCUCCCAGAGUUUGGAGAAACGGUCGAUGAGCUGUUUGUCGACGAGAAAGAGAUGGAAAGGGCGAAGAAGGAAGCGGAGAAUUUUCCUAGUAUCGAAAUCACUGAUAUCGACUUGCAAUGGGUUCAAGUGCUCGCUGAAGGUUGGGCAGCUCCACUUAAGGGUUUCAUGAGAGAAGAUCAAUAUUUGCGAUGUCAACAUUUCAACAUUAUUGAACACGAUGGAGGCGUCAUUAAUCAAUCGAUACCUAUCGUACUUCCAGUCAACGCAACUCAGAAAGAAACAUGCGCCAAUGCAUCAGCGUUGGUCUUAAAACACAAACAUCGAGACAUCGCAAUUCUCAGAAGACCCGAAUUUUUCGCCCAUAGGAAAGAAGAAAGAUGUAGCAGAGAAUUCGGGACAAACAAUCCUGGACAUCCUUACGUCAGGAUGAUCCAGGAAUCGGGUGACUGGCUGGUCGGUGGUGAAUUAGAAGUUUUGGAGAGGAUCAGAUGGAACGAUGGUCUCGACAGAUACAGACUCACCCCAAACGAAAUUCGUAGAAAGUCCAGAGAAAUGGGCGCGGACGCUGUUUUCGCUUUCCAGCUGAGAAAUCCGAUACACAAUGGCCACGCGCUCUUAAUUCAGGAUACAAGAAGAUAUCUCGUGGAAGAACGUGGCUUUAACAAACCAGUUCUUUUGCUGCAUCCUCUGGGAGGAUGGACAAAAGACGACGACGUACCCCUACAUGUGAGAAUAAAUCAACACCGAAGCGUUCUUGAGGAAGGUGUACUACACGAAGACACCAUCCUUGCCAUUUUUCCAAGUCCAAUGCUUUACGCUGGCCCUACAGAGGUGCAGUGGCACGCUAAAGGAAGAAUGAUGGCAGGCGCAAACUUUUUCAUCGUUGGCCGUGAUCCUGCGGGUUUGCCGCAUCCGGAUAAGUCUAAAACUCCCGAUGGAAAUUUGUACGACGAGACGCACGGCUCGAGGGUUCUGUCCAUGGCGCCAGGCCUUCAGGAUCUCGAAAUAAUUCCAUUUAGGGUAGCAGCUUACGACAGUAAAGCGAAAAAAAUGGCAUUCUUCGAACAGAAACGAUCGCAGGAUUUUAUUUUCAUAUCGGGAACUAAAAUGCGAAAUUUGGCAAAAGCAGGUGAAAAUCCACCGGAAGGAUUCAUGGCGCCGAAAGCAUGGCAAAUCGUCUCCGACUACUAUCAAAAGCAGCUGAAAAAUUAAUUCUAAGCUAGCGUCAGCCGUAACUUUCACGUUAAAGGGUAUAUAGUGUUUACACGGACAAAAUAACAACGUUAUCUUUUGUUGAAGUUUAAUUUAAUAAUCAAAAUUAUAAAUGAAAUCGUUACGUCGUGUGCACGGAAAAUGACUCAUUGUCACUGUUCAUUUAUAAAAGGCAAUAAUCUCAUUAAAAUACAAGUAAAGUAC